ACGUGUGUGUCCCAUUUGCAUGAAUGGGUGGUGGAUGCCUGGCGACCCGCUUCCCGACGGAAAAGGUGUCCUUUCUCUAGAAAAAGCUGCUCGGGUUUUCGGGAAGCUGCACGUGAGCGGUGCCUGAGCAGCCAGUUUAAUAAACGUGGGGCAUGUCCAUGCUCGAGGAAGCGCAGAGCAGGAGCCGCUAGCCAGAGUGACCGAGCCCUGUCCGAGAGGGGAGGAAGCGGCGCUGCCCGGGAGCAGGAGGGGAAAUGCCUCGGGACGAAAUGAACUCCCUCAUCCAGAAAAUCGCACGCCAAGCUCGGCUCACUUUCAAGGGUAUCGGCAGUGGACUGGCCUCCCAGGACGUGAAAUCGUUGGCCGAGAAUAUGGGGCAGCUCAAGAAACUGGUUGGGGAGAUCCGUGCCGAGGACUUGAAGAUCAAGCCCCGUAAAAGCGGUCAGGCCCCGAUCUCCGUGCCUCACAACCCGCCCGUCACCUACAUGCACAUCUGCGAGACGGACUGUUUCAGUAUGGGGGUCUUCCUGCUCAAAAGUGGGACCUGCAUCCCCCUACAUGACCACCCAGGGAUGCACGGCAUGCUUAAGGUACUUUACGGAAAAGUCCGGAUCAGCGGCUUCGAUAAACUGGAGCCCCAAGCCUCACCCACAUCCUCAUCACCCACUUCCUCAGCGGGGGUCAGCGGCAAGGAGAUACAGUUUAACCCGCCGCUGCUGCCCUACCAGAGGGCCUCACUCCGUCGUGCCGUGUUGCGGUCCGUGGGAGAGUUUAGUGACACCAGCCCGGCCUGCUUACUCAGCCCGCACCGGGACAAUCUGCACCAGAUCAGCGCGGUGGACGGGCCGGCCGCCUUCCUGGAUAUCCUUGCACCGCCCUACGACCCCGACGACGGCCGGGACUGUCACUACUACAAGCUAUUGCAGCCGCUCGAGCAGCCUGACGGCGAUGGGCCCCAUCAGGCUGGGGCCACAAUGGGGCCUUCUAGGGAGGUGUGGCUAUUAGAGGUACCCCAGCCCGAUGAUUUCUGGUGUGGGGGGGAGCCCUACCCGGGCCCCAAGGUCUCUAUCUGAUCAUGGAUUUGCUGGACAUGCCCCCGGAGCACCCAUUCCUCCCUUAUCAAUCCCUUGCUACUAAAGAGAGGGGGUCUGUCCCUGGGGCCACGUUAGCACCCACCCACAGGGGUAAUGAUGGUCGGUCAUCAGGCUUGGGGAAGGUCACGUAUUGUUUUCCACUGCCAACAUGGGGCAGGCUGGCUUGGGUGGUGUGACAUACCUAGUUCAGACCAUGCUUCUAGAAAAUGUGCCUACUGGGGUGGUGCAGGAAGGGCUCUAGCCAUGGCAGAAUGUCACUGGAAGCAGUGCUGUCAUGGGGCAUCCCUUGAUGUUGCAUUAAUUCGCUUCAUUUGUUUGUGCAAUAGUGAGUGAUUGACAGUGCUGCUCUCUAGUAUGUUCUGCCACGUUUCACGCAGGAUCUGGCCUUUCCACGGACCCUCGUUUCAUUCACUAAACCCCUUACUCGUGUAUUAUAGCCUUUAUGGGACGUUACCCCAGUAAAGUCUUUCUACAUCAUCACAAGUGCUCAGGUUAGGGAGAGUAUAGUAUGUUUACUAUAAGCAUUCACCUAAUUUCCUAGCAUGUUUAUUGUAACAACAUACAACACACAUAUGACAUUUCAAAUACGUUGUCACUAAACAUGGUUUAAAAGAUGACAGUCUAGCAAAAUGUUUACAGAUAGAAUUGUUACUUAGCUAUGCCUUCUGACUUUCUGAUAUCGCCAAGCGGCUGGCGGACAGUUGAACUGUGUCAAUAUAUUUCCAUUAAACGUCGUAAACUGCCCAAUUAGACGUGGCUUCCACGUGCCUGGAAAUGCUGUGGGAGCGGGGGAAAUGUUGUGAUCGUGGUCACAGUCCGUCAUCUUCCAAUAAGUCAAUAAAAACCAAACUGCCAUGUA